AUGAACAUCAGCGAAGCGCAUCUCGGACUUCGAAGAUGGAUUACAAGUUGCUGCUCAUCAAGAGCUGUUCCUAUCAGACAAGAAGAUCAGUUUAUCAAUAUGUUGUGUCGUUCCUUGGAAGCAGACGGUCAUUGGGUGGUCCAAAUCUGUUCACAUCUAUCUAUCUAUCUAUCUAUCUAUCUAUCUAUCUAUCUAUAUAUAUAUAUAUAUAUAUAUAUAUAUAUAUAUAUAUAUCGGUCUAUUCACAUCUAUCUAUCUAUCUUGCUCUCUCUACAUCUAUCUAUCAAUCUAUCUAUCUCAGUCUGUUCACAUUUAUCUAUCUAUCUAACUACUUAUCUCUCCAGACAGAAAAGACUUUUGCAUUAUUGUGUGCAAAUGAUAAACAUGAUCGGUAAAUCUAUCUAUCUAUCUAUCUAUCUAUCUAUCUAUCUAUCUAUCUAUCUAUCUAUCUAUCUAUCUAUCUAA